AUGGAAGCUCAGGAGCCAUACGGAUUGACAAAAGCCGACUCCACGGAAACUAUUCCGUGUUACUUCGAAGAGGACAUCACGUUGCAUCAACUGGAAAAACUAAAGGUUAUCAACCAUGAUCAGCAAGUGAUUGCGAUGCUCAACUACUUUUAUGCAAACUCUCAAUUAAGCCAGAAAGAGCGACAAAUCCUCUUUGAUUUCCUUCACAGAAAACUGGAUUGGCCAUUCCCUGUUUGUACUCUCCUGUACAGCGAGACUAUUGAAGAAGACAAGGAUAAUGGAGUAAUGCUGCGAGUGAAACGAUACAUCGAGCUGAACACUAGAAUGUGGUCUCUCCGUCUACUAAAAACAGCAGAGUGUCUCAGGAAGGUACCUCGAUUCACAUGGGCGAAGUAUUAUGCGAAAUAA